GCAUAUUUCAGUAUUUACCUCUUCUUUAGGAGUUUUAUUAAAAACCAUUGGGUUAAGAGUGACAGCUAUAAAAAUAGAUCCUUACAUGAAUAUCGAUGCAGGGACCAUGAGCCCUAUCGAACAUG